AUGCCUUCCAAGGCGAGAGCAUUGUUCGAGCUCACCAGGCUCCACUGGUUCCCAGUGGGGUGUGACUGCAUGUUUUGGCCGUUCGGUUGGGGAUUCUUGUCAGCAGCCUAUCGUUUGUCGUUGCCCUUCGACGAAGUUGUUCGGAAUACUUUGUUUUAUGCAUUACUGGCGAUACUAGUGCAUUGCGCAGGCUGUAUCAUAGAUGACAUACUUGACCGCGAUUUUGAUCGCAAAGUUGAACGUUCAAAGGAUCGACCGAUCGCAUCAGGAGCUGUUACUACGACAGAGGCUUCUGUUCUUCUGGCUGUUCUCGUUGCUGCCCUAUUCUACAUGUUUUCGACUUGUGGCCCCAAAGCUUUCACACUGGGUGUCGUUGCAUUCCCUGUUUGUGUUACGUCAUAUCCGCUGAUGAAGCGCUGGAUGAACUGGCCUUCCUUGUACCUCGGCUUUGCUGUUAGCUGGGCCGUCCCAGGCACGUGGGUUACAACGACUGGCCAUUAUAAUUGGGGUAUAAUCCUGAACAUAGCAAUUGCGUCGUGCUGCUGGACUUGUAUUUACGACACCAUUUACGCAUGUCAGGACAAGAAGGACGACGUGAAAGCCGGAGUCAAGUCCAUGGCAGUCCGUCUGGGCAAAGCCAUUCGUCCUGUAUUGAGUUUAUUCGAUGUGGUCUUCUUCGUCUGUCUUUUGUGGGCUGGUUACUUGAACGACCAGCGCCUUCCUUUCUACGUGAUGAGUGCCAUUGCCCCGUUCCUCUUGUGUCUUUGGCACAUUUGGUCUUUUGAUCAAAAUGAUCCCCAAGACUGUUGGAAAGUUUUCACGGCAGCUCGCUACGGCGGGGCAAUGAUCUGCGCUGGAUUGAUCAUGGACCACUACCUCAAAAUUACGUCCCUCGCCGGUUGAAAACACAGUUUCACUCAUUUUUUGAGCCCAAAUAUCGUCGUUGCACUUGUGCUGUCUUCAAUAUUGAUCAGGAAUUUGGUUUCGCGAUUCAGGCAGUCGGUCGUGUAGCAUGAAUACAAAUCAUAGCGCCUGAAAUGCCUCUAUAUCCAUUUGAACAGCAGUUCGACUUGUGACGCGUGGACUCAAUGCGGCAGUGGGAUGCCCGUCGGUGUGACGGACAGCGAGCAAAAUAUAAUUGCAAAUCAGUCGC